ACACACACACAGGUCACUGACACUCAUUCCUACUUUAAAAUCAUCAAGAUCAGUGUUUACGAAGCCAGCAGUCGAUCACGGGACUGCUGUGACCUUCGACUUACAGGAUAUCCUGCUUUAUGCAUGCGGGCAGUUUUUGUGUGUGUGUGUGUGUGUGUGUGUGUGUGUGUGUGUGUGUUAGAGUGACAGAAAGAGAGGUGUAAAAGAGAGUCAUAAGAAAUUCUACGAGAAGAUGUGAAGAGGAAUCGUUCAGUCGGCACGUAAACGACACGAGUGUUGCGUUCGGUGUGUGUGUGUUUCUGAGAAACGUUUUGUCAGGAGUUGCUCAGCUCUCUCAACUUUUCUGCUGAUGAUGGACGAAUCUGCGGCGAAGGUGAACGCUAACAGCAUCGUGAUCGCUGAUGUGACGCAGGACGGAGACACGCUGACCUUCGCCGUCACGUCCCAGAAGCUGAGCAGCAGGAACGGGAUCUGCGUCUUCAGGACGUAUGAUGACUUUGAGUGGCUGCAGCAGAGCCUAUUCUCUCAGGACGACGUGGAGGGACUCUACGGCGUGAUAUUUCCUCCUCUGCCAGCCAAACCUCUGCCUCCCAGCUCACACACUCAGACUAAAGCACUAAAGCAGCUGGGCUUCUUGGCUCUGGGCAAUAACUGGCAGCUCUACUGUAGGGCUUUAGAGUUCUACCUGCAGCAGGUGGCAGCACACAGCAUCCUGGGAAAGAGCAAACUGCUUCACAGCUUCCUCAGCAGCACAGAGUCGUCUAGUAAACAACGCAGCAAAAAGGGCAUCUUCGACCGCCUCAGUCAUGCCAUGGAGGAAAUGAGGAAGGAAGGUCACAAGGAUGUGGACGAGUUUUUUCACAAUGAGAGAGAAAGCAACAUGCACUUGACUGCAUUGUUUAAAGCUACAACAGAGAAAUUCCUGGAGGUUGUGCUGACGAAGCAGAGGCUUGCUUUGGCAUGUGGCCAUUUCUCCACUUCGUUACAUCUCUGUGUAACUCAGGACAAUCCAUCUGCCAUGGCCUUCUCCAAGAUUUGUGUGAAGCUGUCUGAUAUAAUGGAUGCAGUGAAAAGGAAUCUCGACAAUGUGUCGGAGAACGACGUGUGCACCCUGGGCUUGGGUUUGGAUUUCGAGUCUCGCUACCAGGAGGCAAAGAAAGAGAUGUUGUUCAGGAGAACUUGUAAACUAGUGGAACUGGAGAACAUUAUUAAGACUGCAGAAAAAGCCAAAUCCAACAAGAAAGCAAUCAUGGAUGGAGUUCAAAAAGUGACACAGAAGGAGUUUAAUCUCAUCUCGUCGGUGGCAAAGGAGGAGAUUGACUGGUACCAUAAAACACGUGUGAGUGUUUUGCGUGGCUUUCUGACCCACUGGUGUGAAAAGCAGUUGGACACGGCCAAGGAAUCCGCCGCUCUCUUCUCUCAGCUCCUGGAGGCUUGGAAAGGAUUUCCUCUUUAAUACACAAUGUCUUUAAAAAUGUCCCACUAUUCUCUGUUAAACAUCUACAGUACAAGUGGUUGAUUUGUCUGAGAGCUAUUUUUUAUUAUUAUUGGAUUAUCAUGUCUGAAAUAAAGAAUUUCUUUUUUAACAUUAUACUUUAUAAUACUAAAAAAUAAAUCCUCAGAUUUUCUCUCAAC